CAUUAGAACAGCGUUAGCGGCUAACCAGGCAGUACAACUAAUCGACUGGGGGGAAAUAUCAGGAAAUUAACACCAGUUGUUUCAUUCCGCUUCUUGUGUAUCUUUCCUGUUGUUGUACAUAGACUUAUUUUAGACUUUUUAACGGGAUUCUGUCGGCGGACCACUUUACAUUUGGAGAAUUGAUUCAGCACUACUGGAACCACCACAGAGGUGCUCAUGGCUGUUUGGAGAGAACUUCGAUCCAGGAACCUCCUGGCUCUCUCUUUGUUCUCCUACAUCCUGCUCACCCUGGAUGUCCACGCACGCCCGGCCAACAUGUCGUCCUCUAAGGAUAAGUCUGCUGCCACUAAGGACGAGAACGAAAUCCUUCCACCAGACCACCUGAACGGAUUAAAGAUGGAGAUGGACGGCCACCUGAACAAGGACUUCCACCAGGAGGUGUUCCUGGGAAAGGAGAUGGAGGAGUUUGAUGAGGAUUCAGAACCAAGGAGGAACCGGAGGAAGCUUAUAGAGAUUUUUACAAAAGUCGACGUCAACAAAGAUCGGAGUGUGAGUGCUAAGGAGAUGCAACAAUGGAUCAUGGAGAAGACGAAGGAGCACUUCAACGAGGCCAUGAAGGAGAACAAAAACAGUUUCCAGGCCGUUGAUCCCGAUGGAGACGGUUUUGUUACGUGGGAUGAAUACAAAAUCAAGUUUCUGGCCAGCAAAGGUUUUGAUGAAAAAGAGAUUGCUGAUAAAAUAAACAACAAGGAGGAGCUAAAACUGGACGAGGAGACCCAGGAGGUGUUGGAGAGCCUGAAGGACCGCUGGUUCCAGGCCGAUAAUCCGCCUGCUGAUCAGCGGCUGGAUGAGGAAGAGUUCCUGUCCUUCCUCCACCCUGAACACAGCAAAGGGAUGCUCAGAUACAUGGUGAAGGAAAUAGUGCGAGACUUGGGUAAAUUUAAACCUUCUAAACUGCACAUCCUAAACCUGCUAGAAGCCAUCAUUGGACUUAAUCCUGAUGAGUUCAAUGAAUUACAAACAUUUUACACUGAGAGGAAAUCACAUUUUACAUGAUUAGUUUCACCUGGAAAAGAUGUAAAUGUAUUUUUUCAAAAGUUUACCAUAAAUGAAUACAUGGACCCAAUGAACGAGCACAACGCCCUGAACGAGGCCAAGCAGAUGAUCGCCGUGGCGGAUGAGAACCAGAACCGCCACCUGGAGCUGGAAGAAAUCCUCAGGUACAGCGAAUACUUCACCGGCAGCAAGCUCAUGGAUUACGCCAGAAACGUGCACGAAGAAUUCUGAACACUGAAAAGACUUCUCCACACGCGCCACCUCCGAGAUCUGCUUCAGGGACGUGGUGACGUGACGUGGCGUUCUACUGUCUACUGUCCGGUUUCCUGUUAAGUCCAUCAGCUCCCCCUCCCAACAUGAAAGCUAACGCGGCCUACAAAUUAUUCACAAACAGAAGAGGAUUUUUGGGUAUUACUCUCCAGAGUUGUGAAAUGUGUGUAUAUGAUGAAGUUUAGCUCAGACGAUCCGGUUUGUUUUGGCUGGUGCAGCCAUUUAACCAGCCUGUCUGUAUUCACUGUAAAUAUCUAUAUUUGUUCUAUAGAAAUACAGCGGUGCUGGGUAUGCUUUAGAUAGCCAGUCUCAUUAAUUAGUCAUUCCUCAAUCCAGCUUAUCGUUUUCUAAAAUAAAUUUGAUUGCAGCAAUAUUCAGAUUGAUUUGAAAUGUUAAUAUUCCUAGAAGCUGUGUGAUGUUCAUUACAUAGAUCCUCAUUCAAAGCUCAUUGGCUUGGACUAGUUAUUUGCACAAAGAAAUUAAUAUAUGAGUGGUUCGAUGAACAUAAAGUAACGGGUUUCACUGAUGACCGAACCGCACCUGAAUGCAACACGGCUGUUCCCUUUGGACAGCAAGCAGCUCGUCGUCUGUGUUUUUAUUCAUGUGGAUGAAGAUGGAUUUUAUUUAUUGACCUGUUUCAACUUUGAAUGUUUAAAUGCCUUGCACAUAUCUACUGCAGGUGUCCUUGUGUUGGUUUCUAAUAAUUAUUUCGGUUCGUGUGGAUUUUAUUUGGUAGUUCUGUUUCUUGUUUUUACAUGCAUGGAGAAAAGAAAAAUCAAAGGUAUUUGUGGAACAUCUGGGAUCCGGCUGCUUUCUUUGCUUUCCUCGGUCUGAUUGUAAAAUAAGAUUUCUAAAACAGAAUGUGACGGCUUUAUAAAAUGUUCUACAGGUAAACAGGAGAACAAUAAAUGUUUCUUAACAACAA